AGUGUAAUCGGCACCCAGAUAAGAAUUUCAAAAAUCUCUUGCCCCGGACAGAACAGUAGAGCUGUGAAUUUCAUCUGUAAAAACUUCUAAAGCCGCUCUAGUACUGUUCUGUUGAUCUAAAUUCCUGCCCAGACCGAAAAUCCUAGUACAACUACCGGUUUGUCACGAUCCAAUCGAAGAAGAGUACUCGUGGAGAUAGUUCGAUGUAAAGGCAGAAGGACUCACAUAUCUGCAUUCAUUAAUUGAACUUCAUCCAACUACCGCCCCAGCAGGAUAUAGUAUCUGUAUCUGGAUUUAAUUCUCUCUUCUCUAUCUGAGUUGUAAAUCUUCUAUCUCUUUAUCAGGGUUCUAAACACCACAGCAUCACAAACAACAACACAAGAUGUCGCAACAGGGUUCCGUCAAGUUUUUCAACGCUGAGAAGGGCUUCGGCUUUAUCCAGCCGGCCGAGGGAGGUGAGGACAUCUUCGUCCACUUUUCCGCCAUCAACAAGGAAGGUUUCAAAUCCCUGAACGAGGGUUAUCGUAAGGAAAAAUCCCCCCUCCCCAUAUCAAAACGGAAUUUCUGAUGCUGGAUUUGUGUACACAAAUCAGCUUUGUAUUGCAGGAAGGCAUUGCGGCCAGAUCCCCAGGCUAGGUAGGGGCGUAUGGGUCUAGUUGCUCAGCAUGACAGACGGCUCACCUUUGGGUCCAACAGCAUGACAAAUCGACUCCAUAAUGGGCGGAAGCUUCUGCCCUUGUCUUCUUGCAAUACAAACGUGAUUUGCGACCUCAAAUCAGCAACACAAAUUUUCGGAAACAUACCUUUUCGAUAUGGGAAGGGGGGAUUUUUCACUUUGAUAAGGGUGAGACCGUCUUCUACGACACUACCUUCGACCAGGCCAAGAACAAAACCGCGGCCAUAUCCUGAGUAAAAACGUACCCACACCAUAGUUGUCAUGCAACUCUGCAUGCUUAAAAUGUUUCUCAUGCGGAGCCCCAUGAGAAGCAUUUUCUAAUGCGGUUUUGAAAUUUGUCAUGCUCCAAUCAGCACGAGAUACUAGAUCUGUAAUGCUGCUAAACUAGCUCAAACAGCACUACACUACGCGGACAAACCUGUCAUGCCAAACAACCAAAGCUGGCUGAUUUGUCUAGCAGAUUCCCCAUCCUGACUCUGGUAUGGGUACGUUUUUACUCAGGAUAGGCCAUGAACGUUUCUGGUAAGGGUGACGGCAUCCCCCGCCAGCAGAAGGGCGGUAAGGGUAAGGGCGGCGGCUUCGGCAAGGGCGGCGGCUUUGGCAUGGACAAGGGCUACGGUGGCGGCUUCGACGGUAUAAUUUUUGAUACAGUUUAUUUCAGUUUUGGAACGUGUGUUUUAUAGUAGUAGCGGAGGAGAAGACCGCUAGCUUCUAUAAUCCCUCGCGCUUUUUCGGUUUGUGCUUUGAAUUCCUCGUUUAGAAUUUUUCCUGCAUAGUUUUUAACUGUGGUAGUGACAUCAGGAUCAGACUCCACAUAGCUGUUGCAGCUGCAGCUGGCUAGCAAGUCUGUUGUCGGUCUUGUAUGCCUGAAGGUGGCUGAUGUGAUUGCAACGGCGGAUUUAUUUUCAGCGGGAAAGGACGUCUACACAUACGCAAUUAGAGACAGGAGAAACACUUUUGCUCAAAGAAAAUGUUUUCUCGAUAAUUCAACAGGCUACGGCGGGGGCUUCGACAAGGGCUAUGGCGGCGGCUUCGACAAGGGCUACGGUGGUGGCUUCGACAAGGGCUUUGGCAAGGGCGGAUUCUACUAAAUGCGUUUCAGCGUCAUCGAAUGUUUUUAGUAUCGAAACUGAACGGAAAUGAUAAUGAAGAAGAAAAAGAACUUACCCCUGAUAGGGUUCUCGAAGAGAUGACUUGGUUUCCCGGACCAACUUGAGACUACUUAAAGAACACUAAGUGGAGCCAAGAAAUCGUUUUCCACCCUAUUACACCACCCCCGGUCUAGAAGGACUAAACUACACACAGCAAGAAGUUCUUGUUGGCCCAUAUUUUGUACACUAUUGUUCACACUCUACUCUACUACAAUCGGAGCGACGGAGCAUUGUUUACUGUUCAAAGGCUGACAAAUAUGUCGGAGCGACUGUUACAAUUUGGAUAAUGCGACAAAGACUAUUACAACCGAAAAACCUUUGUGAUGCUGAUUUAGAACUUUCGUCAAAGAGCUACGCCUAUUCAACGAUGCGGUUCGCAACUUGAGCCGUUUUGACCGUUUAGGUGUAGUUCGCCUUGUAUAAAGCGCCAGUCAACAUCGUGCGCUAGUUUUUCUGAGGAAAAGAGAAUCUGGGUGUUGUACUAUAUCACCGAUAUUGCCAAAGCUUUUCUGAGAUUGAGGUCUGUGUUGAAAUCAUCUUGUUGCCGCUAGUGGUUCACCAGCUGCGGAGAUAAACAAAGGAGCAACAGCCAGAAUUUUUUCUUUGGUUGUCGCGACUUCAAGGGCUAGCUUACUUACACACGCGCGCGCGCAGCUGGUGCAACUAGCGACAGUCAUUUAUUUCAGCCCAAAGAGCUCAACUUUGAGUAAAAUUGCGGCAAAAAUGUUUUCACUCUGCACGACGGAUUUUUUUCAAAAAUCACCCAUGCGGCAGCUAUUUUUCCGCAGUUUUCAGUUAUGUCCCUCAUCUUUUCGGGAAGUGGGUCAUUCACUCUGCGGACUCGGAUUUUUAGCUGCGCAUAGAAGAAGUAGCUGUACCAUGCACCCAAUUUAUAUCACUACCAAAAGAAGCACUAUUUUCUACAACAAUUGAAGCGCUGGAUGGAUCUGUAACGGCAGAAAAAUUAUAGGAUCAAAUUCAGUCUGUGGCACAGAGGACAGCACAAAACUACCCGCACUAGAACAAUACAUUCCGUAUUUCAAGAAAAGGAACGAGGUGGGGAUGAGAUGAUUUUUCGAAAAAUCUCUUUUCUACUCAGAACUGUUGAUCGCGGCCCUGACAAACAUCAUAUGAAUUCUUUUUUUGCUUUCUAGCUGUGGACAGAAAAAAAGCUUCUCGGUUUUCAAAUCUCAAAAGCAUAUCUUUACUGUGCUAUGUAGGACUCUGCUUCUCUAUUAAGGACUAACCUUUCGCUGCAUUACAGAAUUUGUGUUUUGUAAAAAUGCCACAAUAGGAGUUUGCUACGGAAACUUGCACUACAAGUAGAAGCUAUAAGCUCCAUAUGACAAAAAUCCUACCUGAGAACUUUGCUCUACCAAAAAAGGCAGUGUCUUGGCAACGAUGGUACGUACCCGGGGGGCAAGAAGAAGUCGCGGAGUUCUUUUGCGGAAUUUUCGCUCUUCUGUUUGUCGUCUUGCUAGUACCGUAGUUCCAAAGAUUUCGCACGAAACAAGACUCGCAGAACUGAACUAUUUCUUCAACAAGCACUACUUAGACUAUUCCUUUAGUACAUAACUAACACGUCUCGCCGCGUGGUCGUGGGGUAAAAGUAUCAUCGUCUUCGUGUCUUCCAUUCAGACAGCCUCUACCAAUGUAGUUGCCUGUUUGGAUGGUUGUUCGGAUGUCUGGCGGUGCUUCCCCCAUGAUCUUCCCGCACCACCACCACACUAUUGAUAGCUAAGGUUGAAAAAAUAUUGUUUCGAUAAGAAAAAACUGAGAAGGAGAGUUUUAUUGGGGGUCGAAGGAAACAAGAUGAAAAUCGUAGGCAAAAUAGAACUGGUCUAUUUGAAAAAUUCUCUACUUCGCACGCGCAGUCUGUACUGAUGUUGUCUCUAGAUCGUUUGCUACGUUUCGCACUUUGGUUUUAUUGCAGAUACUUACACUAUCGUUUAGAACUAUCGUACGUAUAACGAGGAACAGCACUACUUUUAGAGCACUACAAGAGCAGGUUAAUGGAACGAGGCACUAGAAAAGGUUGUGAAUUCUGCUAUGUAAGGUGAACAAAUGUAUCAGAUUGUUGCUGCACAUACAGAAGAUGAUCUUUAGGAACUGGGAAAGAAGGAUUUAAAAAAGACCACAGGACUGAAAAUACUAAAAAAGCCGUAGAUAGACAUUGCUUCGACACAGUUUCUGCAUCUCAACAUCGCCUGUGAACGCCAUGUCUGGAUCAGGCGGGGGGAUCGGUUGUGUGCCGAGGUUUUGUUGUGUUUACGGUACAGCAUGAAAAACUACUUCGCUUUGCCACAGAAAAGAACUGAAGAACUGUAGUUUCACAGAACUCGAGAUUGUUGGAAGUGAUAAGUAUGUCAAUACACAAUUCUCCGAAAAAAACAGACACCCAUUCAAGAAGCUCUUGAUGUACUGUAAUACACCUAUGCCGCUAGAACAAGAACUUGAACUACGCUGGAAGAUGAAAUAGGCUGCUUCGAAUAAAAUUUCAAAAACACAAAAAAAGAAAGAAAACUAAAAAAAAAAGCGGGAAAAAAUGACAACUAGAACCAGAUGGGUAUUUGCGAUGAUGUGAUGCUUCAUGGUAGAAUUUGCGCUGAUAAAAAUCCGGAUUGAGGUUAUUCUCGCGAUG